AUGAGUACUAUUAAUUACAACAACUUAAAAUGUCCAAAGAUAAGAUUAAUAAUGACAAAUGAAAAGACUCUGGAAAAUAAAGUAUCAAAAGAAUGCUUGAAUUCUACUGAUACUAAUACUGAGAAAACUAAGAAAUCUGUUGAUAGAUCACGAUCAAAUACUAGGAAAACAAAAAUUUCAAAGAUCGACUUGUUUUCAAAUAAUGAUUUUAUCUUUCAGACAAGUUCAAGAGAAACAUCAACAAUGCUUUUAACUGAUAUAGCAAUACCUCAUUUUACAUAUCGAACGACAUUUAAAAUAUCUAAGAUGAGCUUCAGAGUAUCUCAAGGUUUUAAAGAAUCUGCUGAAGCUGAUUAUACACGAGAAUUAAUAAAAAUAAUUAAAAUCUGUCAAAGCAAUUCAACAAAACUGAACGAACUAAUUGUAAAUCAAGAAAAACUAGAGGAGAAGAUAAACAAUCAGGAUAAUAAACCUAUCAAUCCUGAAGAUGCAGUUUGGGUUCAGUCAGUUCUCGAGAUAAUUUUUGAUGAAAAACAUCUUUCAGCAAAAAUUGAUUCUGAUGUAAUAGAAAAUUGGACUGAAGUAAUUACUGAUACCAAAAUGGAUUCAGAUGUACACGAUCAUUAUUCUCUAGUGUAUUUACUUUCUGAUCAAUUGGUGGAUGAUGAUAGUAAUAAUAAUAUGUCAUCGGUGAAUGACUAA